GCGCUGCGCGUGUGGGGGAGGACUACGGGCAUGAUAAACAAGCACCCAGUCAUCGCAGAGGAACAUGGCGGCAGUGCUGUUACAUUGCCGAUUCACGAGUACGAAGGUCCUGACAUAGCAGUUCACAUUUAUGGGACUUCAAGUUACGGCCUUCAAAGAGAGGAGUGGGUGAUACCUGAAGGAAACCUGCAGCAGAAGUUCGUUAAGAAGGAUGCAUUUCAUAAGCCAAGUUGGUGAUAUUUGCUGAAGAUGAGUAGUGCGGGGGACAACACCCCCGACCCUGCUGCCAGGGGAGAGUCUCUGAAGCGGAAAGAAUGUGGCCCGGACCUCCUGGGGCCCAGCCCCAAGCGGAGCACGGAAAAGCCGAACCGGGAGCAUGAAAACAAAUACAUUGAAGAACUGGCGGAGUUGAUCUUUGCAAACAUCAACGACAUUGACAACUUCAAUGUCAAGCCUGACAAAUGUGCAAUCUUGAAAGAAACUGUGAAGCAGAUUCGUCAAAUAAAAGAGCAGGAGAAAACAACUACUGCCAAUGUAGAGGAGGUACAGAAAGCACACGUCUCGUCAACAGGCCAAAGUGUUAUUGACAAAGACGCUCUUGGACCAAUGAUGCUUGAGGCUCUGGACGGGUUCUUCUUUGUGGUGAACAUGGAGGGGAACAUUGUGUUUGUGUCGGAGAACGUGACCCAGUACCUGCAGUAUAACCAGGAGGAGCUGAUGAACACCAGCGUCUACAGCAUCCUGCACGUAGGAGACCACGCAGAGUUCAUCAAGAACCUGCUGCCCAAGUCCCUGGUGAACUGCAGAGCACCGCGGUCCAGUGAGAACCCCAACAGGAAUAGCCACACGUUUAACUGCCGCAUGAUGAUCAACCCCCACGGGCCCUGGGAGGGAGGUGAGCAGGAGCCCCAGGACCAGGAGGUGCAGCAGAAGUAUGAGACCAUGCAGUGUUUCGCCGUGUCCGAGCCAAAGUCCAUCAAAGAGGAGGGCGAAGAUUUCCAGUCUUGCCUGAUCUGUGUAGCACGAAGGGUUCCUGUCAAAGAGAGGCCCAUGCUCCCAACAUACGAGAGCUUUACCACAAGGCAGGAUCUCCAAGGUAAGAUCACGUCGCUGGACACAAGUCUGCUGAGAGCCUCCAUGAAGCCAGGCUGGGAAGACCUGGUCAGGAGGUGCAUCCAAAUGUUCCACCUGCAGAACGACGGGGAGAUGUCAUUUGCCAAAAAGCAUCAGCAAGAAGUCCUGAGACAGGGCCAUGCGUUCAGCCCUCUGUAUCGCUUCUCCCUGUCCGACGGUACUAUUGUGUCGGCCCACACCAAGAGCAAGCUGGUGCGCUCCCCUGCCACCAACGAACCUCAGCUCUACAUGUCCCUCCACAUCCUCCAGAGGGAGCAGACGAUGUGUGGGAUGAACCCAGACAUGUCUGCCCAGGGACAGGGGAUGGGGAAGCAGCCAAUGAACACUGUGUCUUCACUGACUCCUCCCAGUGUGGGUGGGCUGUCACCAGGGUUGGGGGGACAGGACACAAUGGUUGGCAGCAAUACCAACAUGGCCACCACGGGUGGGCGUUACAGAUGCCAGGGGGCUAUGAACCGUUCUCCCACUCCUCGGGGUAGCAGCAACUAUGCACUCAAGAUGGGGAUGAGCAGCCCGUCGCAGGGCAGCCCCAGUGUGACCUCUCAGGGGGGUCAAGGUGGCGGUGGCACCAUGCUGUCCCCACGCCACCGCCAGAGCCCCAGUGUGGCGGGUUGCCCCCACGUUGUUCCCACAGGACCCUUCUCCCCGACAGGCAGCCUGCACUCUCCACUAGGGGUGUGUAACAGCACAGGGGUGGGGAACAACCACAGUGUCUACACUGGUAACAGCUCCCUCAAUGCCCUUCAGGCCCUCAGCGAAUGCCACAGGGUCUCCCAGCAGGGGCAGUCCAUAGGGUCACCUGACAGGAAGCCAGGCAACAUGCUGCAGAUGCAGAGUCCCCCUGGUAGUGGUGGAGCUAGCAGCACUAGUAGCCCCAACCUCAACUCCAGCCAGCUGGCCAACCGCAGCAGCUGCACGUCUGAGAUAGAGAUGUUUGGAGCGUAUGGGGAGCAGUCCCAGCCAGACGGGGAGGAGAGGGAGGACGUGGAACAGAAGAAGUCGAAAGAUGACACCCUCAAGCCUUUUGGAGGAUCAGGAGGAGAGCUGACCGAGGCCCAGAACAGGCUCCUCAACAGUAAGGGCCACACCAAGCUCCUGCAGCUACUCACCAACAAGUCAGAGCACAUGGAUCCCUGCUCGCCCCACGGGGCCCCUGGGGGAGGCGAGCCCAACUGUAAGGAUCCCGGGAUGGGACCAGGGGGCCACAACAACCACUCCACCUCGCUGAAGGAGAAACACAAGAUCCUCCAUAGACUCCUCCAGAACAGCACGUCCCCGGUGGAGCUGGCCAAGCUGACGGCUGAGGCCACGGGGAAGGAGCUGGGUCAGGGCCAGCAGGACCAGGGAGGACCAGACUGUAAGGCUGCCACCAUGGCUGAGAUGGCCACCAAGCAGGAGCCCACCAGCCCCAAGAAGAAGGACAACGCUCUGCUGCGCUACCUGCUGGACAAGGACGACAACACCAUGCAGGAGAAAGGCAUCAAGAUUGAGCCCGGAACAGAGAUGAAGCUGGCCAAUGUGAAGACUGAGAAGCACGACCCGGGAUACAACAUGGCAGACCAGUCUAGUGUGCUGGAAGACAUCUUGGAUGAUCUGCAGUGUCGCCAGCAGCAGCAGCUCUUCUCAGGCCAGCACCACCAGCAGUCCAGACCCGUGUCUCUGCCCGCCAACGUAGACAAGCAGUCCAUCAUCAACGACAUCCUGCAGAUGACAGAGAACAACAGCAGUCCCACGGGCACCAACACCCAGCAGAAGGCCUUCCCAGGUAUGGGCCCAGGACACUUCAAUGGUCCCAGGAUGGGUCAGGUAGGCCAACGGCCCCCUGUCCGCAGUAUGUCCCUGGAUCAGUCCAACAUGUCUGCCCACGGUUCUCCCCGAUCCUUCCCUCCUCCCAGGAACAGCAGCCCCUACUCUGUCAUGCAGCAGCAAGCAAUGAUGGGAAACCACGGAAUGCUGCAGAACCAGGCUAACAUGGGCAACCCAGGCUUGCCCCAGGCUAGCAUGCAGCAGGGUUGGGGUCCUCGGGGGCCAAUGUGCCAGGCUCUGCAGCAGAGAAUGGGGCCUGAUGGUCGCAUGGUGCCCAACAUCUCAGCUGGAGUCCCCAUGAGGACCAGUAACCAGCAGCCUGGACUCAGACAGAUGGUCCCAAUGCAGAUGAUGGGAAACGUGCAAUCAGAUAUGGAGAUGGCUGGUCCUCCCUACCCAGGACAGCAGGCACCGCCCAAUCAGACAGCCCCGUGGCCUGACCGCAUGAUGUCAGUGGAUCACGGGCCUUAUGGGAACCAGAACCGACAGGCUUAUGGUAACCCCCAGGAUGAGGUACUGUGUUCUCCCUUGCGGCCUGGGGAGGGUCCUUCGGACGGGGAUGCCCUGCUCAGCCAGCUCUACUCAGUGCUGAAAGACUUUGACGGCCUGGAGGAGAUUGACCGGGCCCUGGGAAUCCCCACUCUGAUUAGUCAGGGCCAGCCAGUGGCGCAGGAGCAGUAUGCCAGUCAGGAGUCACCCAUAAGGAAGCCACCCAUGUAUAGCCAGUACCCCCAGGCUGGUAGCAUGGCACAGGGCAACUACAUGAGCCAGCAGGACCCUGGCUUCCACGGUAUGCCCGGUCAGAUGGGCCAGCGGAUGGGGUACCCCAUGCUCCGACUCCCUGCCCGACCAGGAGGCCCGGUGCCUGCCCAGCCCAACAACCUGAGGCUGCAGCUGCAGCACCGACUACAGGCACAGCUGCAGAAUCGUCAGCCAAUGAUGAAUCAGAUGGGUGUGUCCAACAUGAACCUACCUCUCAGACCCAGUGUACCUAACCAGGGAACCCUGAAUGCUCAGAUGUUGGCCCAGAGACAGAGGGAGUACCUGAGUAACAUCCUGCGCCAGCGCCAGCAGCACGUCCACCAGAGAGCCAUGCUGAUGCGGGCCCAGGGCCUCAACACCCCCCCCAACAUGGCUUCAGCGGCUGGGGCAGUGGAGCCCUCACAGUCCCCUGGCAUGCCCCCCGGUUCCAUGGGCACCAACCCUCGGAUCCCCCAAGCAAACCCCCAGCAGUUCCCCUACCCGGCCAGCUACGGUACUGGUCUUACGUCCCCGCCACCCUCCACCAGCCCCUUCCCCCCGCUGUCCCCUGGUCUCCCUGGGGCUCAGCAGCUUCUCUCCCCUCUCCACUCCUCCUCAAUCUCGCAUGGCUCCUCCCAGAUGAGUCUAGCUAACCAGCAAGGGAUGAUGGGAAACGUAGGUGGCCAGUUUGGAGCCGUAGUGAAUCCACAAAUGCAGCAACACCGUGCCUUCCAGUUUCCCAGCUCAGGUAUAAACCAGCAGCAGCAGGACGCAGGCUUCACAGGAGCCACCACCCCCCAGAGCCCCCUCAUGUCCCCCCGCAUGAGUCACGCCCAGAGGCCCAUGAUGCAACAGCAGGCCCAGGCCAACUCCUCCUACCAGCCCUCCUCUGAGAUGAACGGCUGGCCUCAGGGCAACAUGUCAGGAAACAGCAUGUUCACACAACAGUCUCAAUCUCAGCAGUACAUGCCCCAACAGUCUAAUGGUGGAAUGUACACCGGCACAAACCUGAACAUACAGGGUGUCCCCAUGGCCUCCAACGCCAACGGCAGCAUGAACAACAUGAACCAAGUGUCAGCAGGCCAGAUCACCAUGCCUACAGGAAGCCUGUCUUCCAUGGAGCCUGAGCAGAACUAUUGCUGACCCCGGUCUAUUGUUGGACAACACGGUUUACAAAAGGUCAACACCCAAUGAAAACACUGGCAUCCAACCAACCAACUGCUCCUGCAGUUCUCCCUGAACCAACCAACUGCAUUCACCUUAGUGUGACUUAGGUCCUUCCCAAAUAGGCUUCACACACACACACACACACACUUACGUAUGUAUGUAUGUAUGUAUGUAUGUAUGUAUGUAUGUAUGUAUGUAUGUAUGUAUGUAUGUAUGUAUGUAUGUGUGUGUGUGUGUGUGUGUGUGUGUGUGUGUGUGUGGUGUGUGUGUGUGUGUGUGUGUGUGUGUAUAUAUAUACACAUAUACACAUAUACACAUAUACACAUAUAUAUAUAUAAUGGAGUCAUAUUCACACAAUAUAGAAGCAAAACUGAUCCUGUCAGCAGGCAUCUGGUCAAAUAAAUGUAUUCAUUUCAGGGGAUAGAACGCAGACUAUGGCUCCCCUCAAAUGCUCUCUACUCCUCUUUUUAGUUAUUUUCUUAAUAACAAUAUUUUAUUUGAUCGUUUCUUUGUAUGCACAGGUGUGAGACAAAAUUAUAUCACAUGAUUUCAAAAAUUAAAUAAGUGAUAUUAGAAAUGGUUUGAAGAGCAUAAACUAUACAAUGAUGUUGAUUUUGAAUGGUUACAUUGUAAAGCCUGACUAAAGUAGUCACUUGAAAGGUUUAUAAAAUAAAUGUUUUACAGGUAUUUAUAGUUUUUAAACUUGAGAAACUUUCUUUGUAUGAAACUGUAAAAAGGGGGCAAGGGUUAAGUUUCUUAACAAGUAUCCCUUAAUGGUACCUUAUUGUGUCUAUUUGAAUUACAUAUUUUAGGUCCUGUAGUUUCAGAUGAAAUUGUCAAAUUAAUCCCCCUGCUGCGAUAUGUAUGAAGGUGAAUGUUCAUAGUUUGUAUAUAUUACAGUAUAGAUUAAUUAAUUAAGAUGUUUUUUUUUCUCUCUAGCCUGGUGUUACGACCACUGAAAUAUGACUUCAGUCAUACCAUUUGUGUUGGAUUAACUAACAAAGGACUGUUUAUCAGGGUUUCAACCAAUUUGCAUAAGGAUUUUUCCUUGCACUUCAUUUCGACUUCAUUACAAUGAAAGGAAUGGACAGACCUACCAACAGGCAUAACUGAAUACUUUAGGGUGCUCUGACUGUGCUGAUUUUGUGUGCUGCCCUAUAAAAAAGCUGGAAGUGUAAAAUGAACAGGUAAUAUGUAUUUUUCAAGCCAUAUUCCUGUACUAUUCCCAUUUUUGUUUAUCGUCUGUAAGCACAUAGCAAAUAUGAGCUCAUAGAAUUUAUUUAAAAAAAUUGUAGAAUGUGAAAAUUCCAAAUUGUCUGCAAACACUGAAAUGAAGUUGGGCUCACAUAAUCAUGUGUUUAAAAAUGUGUGGCCAGAAAAUAUCUAUUUUGUAGGUUUGCACUGGUUAUUAUGAUGUCACUGACGAUGCAAAGGAUAAUUUUUUUUUUUUGUGAUGGCCAAUUUCUCCCAAUUAAUUACAAAUUUUCCUAAACAAGGCAUUAUUAAAGAGUUCAGCAGUUUGAAGAUUAGGAUGCUCUGAUAUAUAUAUUCAAGAAAAGUAAUUCUAGAACGAUGCACUGCUCUCAUUGCAAAUCCAAAGAUGUCAUUACUACCUUCUAAAAUAAACUUAAGCCAUGAAGUGUUACUGUGUUAACAGCCUUUUGUAAGGCAUGCAUUUUGGCAAUCAUGAUGACAAGUUUUUAAGGAAAGAGUUUGCAUACAAAUAUAACUCACAAAGUUUGGUUGAAUUGAAUUGCUUUUUGUCUUCAAUUCUGACUGAUCAAGACAUUUAUUUUGUAAAAUAUGUUAUUAAUUUAUAGUUUGCUAUUUGAUCAAUUGGUAAAUAUUACAUGCAAGUACCUUAACAUGCUAAAGACCUAGCAUAAUGCCUUAGAUCUGUUUUUCUGUCAUGUGUAUUGCUGUGAAGUUGAAAGUUGUAUCAUAUAUGUAUAGUGAAGUGACAAUACUGAAGAGUGCAUUGUUACUCAGUGGCCGUACCUGAAGUGGCACCCUAUUCACUAUAUAUAGUGCACUACUUUUGAGCAGGGCCUCUAGGGAAUAGGGUGCCAUUUCAGACGCAGACAAUGUACUUGUGCUAUGGUUAGACUACUACACCCCUGUUUUUCAGUUGGUUUUCAGAUUUUUCUUUCCCCCACAUUUUAUUUGUGAUCAGUGGGUUUUAUUAUUAUUAUUUGUACAAUUGUUUCAUAUUUUGACUUUAAGAUGAGUAUGUAAACAAUGGUAAAUCAAAGCAAUAUUGUAAAACAUGAGGUUUUGUGUAGAAAGCUCAGUGUUGCAGUUCAGAGAUGUUUUUCGAGGUGUGAUGUUCAUAUUAAAUAUCACUGUUCACCUGCAUCAAUGUUUAUCCAGAGUGGGAGCAUUUAUGUAAAAAGUUAUAUUUACACCUUAUGCAAGCUGUUGACUAAUAUUGCAUUUGCCAAUGCUGCUUGCUAAUUUAUGAUUUAUGUCAUUGUAAAUAAAUUAUUUUUUAUUGUUGA